CGGGUGUGUAUUGUAAAACCAGAAAGCUCUGUUAAUGCCGCAUGAGGGCGCUCGCGUCUCCUUCAGCUUUCCUCACGCGAUUUGAACCUCUUGCUUGCCGUAGCGAGACUUUAAUCACAACACGGAAAUGCCAAACUGCUUGUUUGAAACUCCAUUUAUUCUUUUAAGAGUGUGAUGCUGAAUGUUGCAUCGGGAUUGGGGUUUCAGUGUGGUGCUCACAAAAGUUAUCGACGCUUUAAAAUCGAGGUGUAGUGCUGUUAAAGCUUGUGAUACUGCUGAGCUUUGCUUUGUGGCUGGCUGGUUGCGGAUUAAGGUCAGAUAUGUAGUGGAGCCAAGUAGUAUGCUUUCAGACGGUUAGUUAGAAAACAAUUAUCCAAGGCUGUCAAUCAUAACAAUAAUAACAACAACAACAACCAUCCAUCAACAUGAAGCUGAGUUCGUCAGUGUUUGCAUCGUUCUGUCUCAUUAUUGAGUUACUCGGCAUUGCCCUUUUCUUGAGAGGGUUUUUCCCAGUUCCAAUCAAGUCGUCUUUAUCAUCAAAGAGCAAAUUAUCGGAUCUGCCAGCAGAACCAGUUGUAGGAAGUAACCCAAACUCGACCAAAGUGCCUCCUCCGUUAUUCAACAGGGUGGUCAUUGUGUUAAUCGACGCUUUAAGAGAUGAUUUUGUCUUUGGGCCCAGUGGGAAGAGGUUCAUGCCGUACACCAGGAACCUAGUGGAGAGCGGAUCAUCUCACAGCUUCAUUGCUAAAGCCAGACCUCCUACUGUCACCAUGCCUAGAAUCAAGGCUCUGACCACGGGCAGCAUUCCCGGCUUCAUCGAUGUUGUAUUGAACCUGAACUCCCAGGCGCUCUUAGAGGACAACCUUCUCUGGCAGGCCAAGAACACUGGGAAAAGGAUCAUCUUCUACGGUGAUGACACGUGGGUGCGGCUUUUCCCUAAGCACUUCUUAGAGUACGACGGCACCACGUCUUUCUUCGUCUCCGACUACACUGAGGUGGACAACAAUGUGACACGUCAUUUGGACAGCACCCUGAAGAGAGACGACUGGGACGUGUUGAUCCUGCAUUAUCUGGGACUGGACCACAUCGGACACAUCAGUGGGCCGCACAGCUCUCUAAUUGGGCCCAAACUCCUCGAGAUGGAUGACGUCAUGAAAAAAAUACACACCUCUGUUAUCACAACGGAGGCUGAGGGCACGCUGCCUAAUUUGCUUGUGCUGUGUGGUGAUCACGGCAUGUCUGAGACGGGUAGCCACGGAGGAUCAUCAGAGGCGGAAGUCAACACUCCACUAGUCCUCAUCAGCCCCGCCUUCCGGACGAAAGAGGACAUGGGUGAGCCUGUUGUGGUGGAGCAAGUAGAUCUGACCCCUACUCUUGCACUGGCUCUAGCACUGCCCAUCUCACAGAACAGUGUGGGACGCCUGAUUCCGGCUGUGUUUGAGAAAGCCUCACUCAGGGAGCAGCUCCGUUACCUCCAUAUCAAUGGCCACCAGCUCAGCAACCUGCUUCGGGAUAGUAACCCUAGCUUCCAUAAGGAGGACGGUUACGAGCAGUUUCAGAUGGCAGAGAAAGCCCAUGGGAGCUGGAUGAAGCUAUAUGUAGAGGGAAACACAUCUGAGGUGUUGAGCAACAUCGCAAAAAAAGUGCUUAAGCAGUACCUGGAGGCUCUGCAAGCCAUGAGCGCAGCCCUCAGCAAGCAGCUGGGCAAAUACGACAUGUACUCCAUGAUGGUGGGAAUGAGUCUCAUACUACAGAUUCUGGUCCUGCUGUUGUUGGCCAUGCCGGAGGCUCUGAGCGGUGCUGCAUGUGUGGAUGUUCCCCUGGCAACCACCUUCGUCUCUCUACCAUUCUACCUCCUUGUCCUGCUGGGUUCCUCUGUACAUGUGCUGGUGUGUACCUCGUCCGAGGCCUCAUGCUACUUCUGCUCGCUGCCCUGGCUCCUGGCCUUUGCUGGCAUCAUAUUCUCCUCAGCCCUGUUUUGUACUCUGGUGGCCAUGGCAGCCAGACGUGCACUCAAAGUUGAUAACAAGCAGACCAAGACCUCUUCCUCAGAGUGGACUCUAACCGAACUGGACGUUCUGCUCCUGAUCGGCACACUCGGGCACACUCUCAGCUUGGCCUCCAGUAGCUUCAUAGAAGAGGAACACCAGACAUGGUACUUCCUGCUCAACACGCUCUGCCUGGCCGUCUUCCAGGACGUCUGCAGGAAGUACUUCAGGGAAAAGAGACGCACAGGUGAAGAUGAGGAAAGUGUUCUCCUGCUUUCUACAGUGGAGGAAAAAGGUGCAUCUUUCUCUCCGGUGACUGAGCUGGGGGUCAGCGCAGACUCUGAGAAGUGGUUAGCCCUGGCCACGCCGCUCCUCACUCUGGCAUGCUGUCGAAUGCUCAGGUCUCUAAACCAGACCGGGGUGCAGUGGGCACAUCUGCCUGACCUGAGCCACUGGCUCAACAGUGGAGAUCAUAAGGUGUUCCUGUCUCUGCUGUCUGUUCUCUCUCUGCUGCUGAUUUUCCUGCUGGUCCAGCGGCACUGUUCGCUGGUGUCUAAGAUCGCCCUGGCGCUUGGCCUGCUGGGAGUUUACAGCUACCGUGCUGCUGUCGGCAGCAUCCUGUUCCCAUGGCAACACUCAGCCCAAGCCAUGUCCAAGGGAACAGGUGAGGCGCACUUCGUCUACGUCUUUGUCCUCGGGAUCCUCUUCACCGGUGUCAAGGAUUUGCUGCAAUCACAAGUGAUGUCAUCGGUGGUGGAUGGCAGGCGAUUGAAGAGCAGGGGAUUGUGGGAGGUGUACAGUGGCAUGGUGCUGCUUGUGGCGCUGCUGUUCCGGGCUCACAAUCUGCCCACGCUGGCAUGCUGCCUACUCAUCCAGACCCUAAUGGCUCAGUUCAUCUGGAAGAGGCUGCACUAUGAUGCCGCCCAGACCACCAUUAUGCACUACUGGUUUGGACAGGCCUUCUUCUAUUUCCAGGGGAACUCCAAUAACAUAGCGACAGUGGAUAUCUCAGUGGGCUUUGUGGGACUGGAGAGCUAUGUGGAGGCUCCUGCUGUCUUCCUCACAGCGUUUAGCACCUAUGCAGGUCCGCUGCUCUGGGCCUGCCAUCUGGUGUGUUACCUCAGCUCAGAGAGAGACAGAGCGGUCUCUCUCGGCCACAGCAGCUACUGUUUCGCCCUGCUGCGCUCCAUCCCUGCUGUGUUGUACAUAAUGUUGGUAACUGCACUGCGCUACCAUCUCUUCAUCUGGAGCGUCUUCUCCCCAAAGCUCCUCUACGAGGCUAUGCACACUCUGGUCACCAUGGCCGUGUGCCUCUUCUUCACCUUCAUGGAUCAGGAUCGUACACGUAGACCAUGAAGCACCUGAGCUUUCAAUUCCCUCCAGCUUAUAACCGAGAGAAGGAGGACAGGAUCUGAUUGAGAGGCUUGUCACAUGAAGACAGGCAAUCACUAAGAUGAAAAUGAAGAUGAGGGAUGGGUGAAAGGAUGUUUAUGAUGUCACGUCAUUGCGACAGGAUGGGGGGGGAGACAGAGAGGGUGAUGAAUGAAGGUGGAGUGAAGUGAAGUGAAUGAAACAGGCUUGAUGUUGCAAAUGUAAAGCAAUAUGUACUCAUUAGUGAAUUCUGAUCCUGUACUAUAGAAUACACACUAAAUUUCUCUGGAGGUUUUAUGUCUGGUUUGCUCCGGAGAUGAUUAGUAAGGUCUGUUUCUAUUUUAUUUUUGUAUUGCAAAUUUAUGAGGUUAUUUAUUGUGAUAAAAGAAAGCAAAUACAAAAAACACAAAGCAGGUAAUUCCAUCAGCGAGCUAAACACUUUCAAUUCCAUUUGUUGUUUUUUUUUUUUUUUUAUCAACAGUUACAGAUUUGGAAAGUUUUGUUACCUGUUUUUAAAGUAUAGGGUGUCCCAAAAGUCUCCAUAUAGAGAGCAAAUGAACACUUUUUAGCAAAAUAUAACUUUAUUUACAAAACUCCCUCUACAUGAUUGCCAUUUAUUUCUAAAUACACAUGGAGUCGUCUCUACCACUCAAGCCCUGCGUCCAGUUGGCAUACUAUCCGUACUAAAUAGUAUCCGAGCUGACAAUUAGUAUGUCCCAAAUCAUAUUAUGUUGAAAUGAGUAUCCCAGAGGUACCUGGAUGACCUACUAUUUCUGGUAGAUUUUCAAAGUGCACAAGCGUGUACACUUUUUCAGCUAAUAUUGCCCACAACUCCUCGCGCGAGGGAGAAGGAGUUUUGUGACGGUUUGCUUUGACGAAUUCAAGGAUGCAUUUUAGCGAGGAGUAAAUGAAAUGUGGAAAUAAAACAUCAAGGGUCUGAUCAGUUAAAUUAUAUAGUAUAAAUUAUAUAAGGAAUAAAGAAAAGCUGAAAUGCAAUGAGAAGUUGGUUUACUUGGACAGUGUUCUCUACUGGGCAACAUCGUUCUCGGCAUGUUAGUAUGUCUCAGUACUACUCAGCAUACUCUUUUAAUACAAACUGAAACGUAUGUAAUUUUUCUUGACAAAAAGAGUACAUAUGUUUAGUACAUAGUAUAAGUAUACCAAUUGGGAUGCAGGGAUGGUGAACUCGUGUUAACACAUCUAGUGUCAAGCAUGUAAUUGCAUGUCCAUCGCAACCUUGCAACACUUUCCCGAUCCAGCCAUGAGAAUGAUUUCAAUAUACUUUUCUUUUGUCAAAGGCAUUCUUAAAGGAUAAGUAUUUAACCUAAGUAUGAAAAAUUUUGAAAUGCAUUUUGCUAAAAAUUGUUUAUUUCCCCUAAGUGUUUUUGGGUUUGUUUGUUUUUUACGGAGACUUUUGGGACACCCUGUAUUUUCUUUUUUUUUUCACUAGGAAGUAUGAAAACUAUUUCACCCAUUUAAAUGAGAAAUAUUACAUUCAAAUAUUUCCACUCUCCAAAGAACUAAGGCUUCAUAGCUCUGAAAUCAAACUACAGCUAUUCAUAUUAUAAAAGUUUCAAAUUUGCUGUUUGACAUUCUGUGUAAGAACUGAUUUAUUAAUUUCCUUCAGCUGGCAUGUAGAUCAAAUGACUUACAGAGCAAAUAAGUUAUAUAUCAUUUAAUCUCAUUCUCAGAGUUCAGUCACAUCACCAAAUUGAAUUUCACCUCUUCUUUGAAAUUAAAUACAUGUUCUAAAAAGGUUAAAAGUAGGGCUGAAUCAAUACCUUGUUUUCAAGACCAAUUCCGAGUACAUGUUCUUGGUCCUCAUCAAUAUGAUGAAUGUACCAAAAUGAGUAUCCAUGUAAAUAUUAAGCAAUCAGGGACAUAGUGGGACAUUUUAUUUAGCUCUGUUUAUGUUGAUGUUGAGGUCGUCUGCUGCUAGCAAUGAACUUCUCUUGCCGGGUUUUAUGUUUAAGACAUAGUAUUAUAGCAGUUAAACAGCACCUUGAAGCUUGAUGACAGGUGACCUGAGUGUGCAGAACAGCAUCAGAGCUGCGUGUUCAUCAAGGAAUUGCACAUUGCCUCAUGAGCAUUGUCGGAAAGCGGGGGGCAUGGUGGCUUAGUGGUUAACCCUUGCACCUCUAGGGUGGGGGGGGUACGAUUUCUGUCUCUGCCCUGUGCGCGGGAAGUUUGCAUGUUCUCCCCAUGCUUGAGGGGGUUUCCUCUGGGUACUCUGGUUUCCUCUCCUAGGCUGAUGAUAUGUCUUAUAGGCUGAUCGGCAUUUCCAAAUUGUCCAUAGUGUGUGAGUGGGUGUGUGUCCAGGGUGUCCCCUGCCUUGUGCCCUAAGUUCCCUAGGGUCGGUUCCAGGCUCCACGUGACACUAUGUAGGAUAAGAAGUACAGAAAAUGGAUGGAUGGACCCAUAACUGAUACCAGUAUCUGUAUUGAUGCAUCCCUAGUUAAUAGUACUCCGUAUUUUAACAUGGAUUGUAAGUUUUCUUCAAGCAUUUAAUUAUUGCUCAUAUCAAUCAGAGAGUUAAAUGAACAUAUUUAAUCCUAAUUAUUUUCUAUGUAUUAAUGGGAAUAGGUAACUGAUCUCUUACAGAUGUUUUUCAUUUCCCUUUUUUUUUUCUUUUUUUUUUCUUUUCAUCGGCUCUUGCCAAAUGGAAAAGGUGAUCAUCUUCAAAUCGUACAGGAACCUCAGUUUCUAUCAUAAAAACAAUAUCUGACACUAUGAAAUCCAAUGGAAAUUAUCAUUAGUACACGGUUAACCUUGAAGAUCUUACAGUAGGUGUAGUUAUGAAAGGAUCAUUUCUAAUCCUGCGCUACCUCUCCUGACCUUACUCUAGGCCUGCCAAUAGGCAUCAGUGGCAGGACAGUAUGUGAGGACCCUCACUCUGCUUAUCAGCCCUUUUCAGUAGCAGAGAGGUUGAUUUUCUAAUCGACUGCCCUGCCAAAUGGGCUGCAAUCUCCAAGGAAUUGCGGUGCAGAACACACACAUACACACUGUAAGUGACUUUAGUUCCCCAUAUGACAUGUAGGACUCUGUCAGUUUAGAGGGUAAUGAGUUUAGGGGCACGGUUCAAACGUCUCUGCUUUUCUACACUUCUACAGGAUGUGAUACGGAUGAGGUGAGCUUUUGGGGUUGUUUCGUGUGCUGUAAGGGCUAGUGGAAUUUGAUGUAGCUUUUAUUAAUGUGCACUCACUCUUAUCUCACAUUCAAUAACUUAUUCCUUAAUUUUUGUGUUGGCUAAUUGCAGGUAAUUUUCAUUUACAAAGGUGCCAAAGUCUAAAAUUUGUGAUUGUUGCCCCCUUGUAGUGGCUGAAAAUGAUGGGGCUUUCUACAUAAAACAGAUUUUGACAGUGCAUCUUCUCAUACAGUCAGGUCCAUAAACAUUUGAACAUUAACAAAAUUAUUGUUGUUUUAGCUUUCUUCCGCAGUAUAUUGGAGUUGAAAGGUGUGUUAUUCCCUCAUUAUUUCACUUACAAUUUGCAUUUGGAACAUGUUGCUGUUAACUCAAUAUAAAGUCCAAAGAGCGGUCACGGCCAUUGAAGCAAGCCAUCAAUAGGCUGAAAAAUCAAAACAAAGCCAUCAGAGAGUUAGGAAAAACAUUAGGUGUGGCUAAAUCUGCUACUUGGUACUUUUUUUUUUUUAAAAAAAAAGAAAGAACACACUGAUGAGCUCAAGAACACCAAAUGGCUCAGAAGACCACGGAAAACAACUGUGGUGGAUGACACAAGAAUUAUUUCCCUGGUGAAGAAAAACUCCUAUACAAGAGUUUGCCAGAUGAAGAACACCAUCUGGGAGGCAGGCAUAUCAGUGUCAAAGUCAACAAUCAAGAGAAGAUUUCACCAGAGUAAAUACAGAGGAUUUACCACAAGAAGAGCAUCACCAGGG